UAUGUUUUAGGGUUUUUGUUUAAAUGGAGUCGCCGGAAGAUGAAUCCCUAACAACUCAAAGAAAAAAGAGGUGUUUCCAGGGAGUUCGUCGUGGAUUGAAGCUAAAAUUAGAGGUUAAUCGGUCCCUGAAACGCAAGGAUUGAGAUGAAUAAGCGAAACGAGAUGACUUCUACAAUGCAAGAUAUUUGAUUGCUUCUGCAACUGAAAGGCCAAAUAUGUCAGCAAUAGGUUGUCCGAGCUUGCAUACACUGUCGCUGAGGUCGUCUGAUGAGCCUGCUAAACAUAAACACACAUCACUUAGUACCAGUAGCACUACUUGUGCUAGUCUACAGUUACAAAGGGAUGCAAAAAGGGUUCAAUCUCUAAAGAAACAACUUAAAACAAGGUGCCACAAAUGUCAUCUGGUUCAGGAGCCAGUAGUUCCCAUCAUGAACAUGGCCAUAUUAUGGAAGACGUGAAAGUGGACCAAGAUUCAGGAAUAGUGGGAAGUUGCUCUAAACUCGGCAAUGUUCUGAGGAAGGAUGAGAACUUCAAGAAGUUUGACAUUGUUGAGGACAUUUCAGAUCAUCAUUAUGCAGCUCGGAGGCCAGCAUCAAUGUUGCAGCCAAUGAAAACCUGGGCUAGAAAGAUACGAGAAGAAUGGAGGAUUCUCAACAAGGACUUGCCUGAUACGAUAUUUGUUAGGGUUUAUGAAUCAAGGAUGGAUCUUUUAAGAGCCGUGAUAAUGGGUGCAGAAGGGACGCCAUAUCAUGAUGGUCUUUUUUUCUUUGAUGUCUGCUUCCCUAGCAACUAUCCGUUUUCUCCGCCUGAAGUUUACUAUCACUCUGGUGGCUUACGUAUAAAUCCGAAUCUCUAUCACAGUGGGAAAGUUUGCUUGAGUCUUCUACACACUUGGCGUGGUUUCGGUAACGAAAAGUGGAUACCUGGUUCUUCGACAAUACUCCAAGUUUUGGUCUCUAUACAGGGUCUGAUUUUGAAUGCAAAGCCCUAUUUUAACGAACCUGGAUUCGCACAAUUGCGUGGCUCUGUUAGUGGAGAAAAGAUGUCGAUGCAAUACAAUGAGCGAACUCUAGUUCUGUCUCUCAAAACUAUGGUCUACAUUAUGAAGAAGCCACCAAAGCACUUUGAGGGUUUUGUGAUUGCGCAUUUUCGUGAUCGUGCCCACGCUAUUUUGAUGUCCGGUAAAGCGUAUUGUAAAGGCGUUAGAGUCGGGUGUGUCGUUGACAAGGGUGAGGGGCGUUCACGACGAUUCAAGAGUGAUGUAGAACAAUGCAUGAAGAUGUUGGCUAGAGAAUUUGAACAAAUAGGAGUGAAGGGUAUGGAGGAGUUUAAGAGAGGCGAUGUAGACGAUUCUCUUACUCGGAAAAUAAGGGCGUUUUUCUGUAUCUCCGAUGGUUACGUUAGUGGUUCGCUAUCAAUCACCGUCGAUCUUCUCAGUAAACGCUUUGAAAACGGAAUUCUCCGUAAAUUGAGUCUCAUGAUCGUGAAGAAAAUCCAGGUUCGUUGCGGGAAAAGAGUGUUUCCAGGGAGUUCAUCGUCCAUGGAAGCCAAAUUAGAAGUAUCUUCUCCACCGGUUAAUCGGAACCUGAAACGCAAGAAGAUGAGUAAGCAAAACGAGGGUGGCAUUUCAUCGGCACUUGGUGGCAUAGUAGAACUAGAUUCAGAUGCUGGUGUUUCUAAUUCAUAUGAUAGGAAGGAUUAUAUGGAUUUUUAUGCUGAUGAUUAUAUUUAUAAGGAUGAGGAUGAGGAUGCAAUUUUGAAAUCUUAUUUUGACAACAUAGAUCUUCCUACCGGCGUUGAAGCUUCCCUUCCAGGGUUUUAUGAUUCUAUCAAAAUGAAAAACAAGAUGACUUCUGCAGUGCAAGAUACCUUUUCUUCAAACGGAUUCAUGCAGUCGACCCACCCUGAUUAUGCAAGGCUGAAUUUGUCAUCAAUGGGUAGUCCGAACUUGGAUACAGCUAGUCACAAACACAACGUGGAGCGGCUUCCGUUGAGGUUAUCUGGUGAGCGUACUAAGGGUGAACAUGCAACAGUUGGUUUCAGUAGCUCAGCUUGUCCUAGUCUACAGUUACGAAGGGAUGCAAAGAAGGUUAAACAUGUAAAGGGAUCACUCGAAGCAGGGGACCACAGAAUGUCAUCUGGUUCAGGGGCCAGUAGUUCCCAUAAUACUUGGUUGUCCGCAGUUGCAGUUUACCCUCAAGUAGUAGACCCUAAGGUGGAGGUAAAUGAGUUUGUUGAUGUACCUGAAGAUGGAGAAAUUGUUUCAAUGGAAGAUGCAAUGUUGGACCAAGAUCCUGGAGUAGCAGGAAGUUCGUCUAGCAUGGGAAACCUUGGCAAUGAUGAUGAUGAUGUUCUGAGGAAGGAUCAGAAGUUCAAGAAGUUUGACAUUGUUAAGGACCAUUCAUGUCAUCAUUAUGCAGCACAGAAUUCAUCAAUGAUGCAGCCAUCGAAAAACUGGGCUAAAAAGAUACAAGAAGAAUGGAGGAUUCUCAAGAAGGACCUGCCUGAUAUGAUAUUUGUAAGGGUUUAUGAAUCAAGGAUGGAUCUGUUAACAGCUGUGAUAAUUGGAGCUGAAGGGACUCCGUAUCAUGAUGGUCUUUUUUUCUUUGAUGCCUGCUUCCCUUGCAACUAUCCUGAUGCUCCACCUGAACUUUACUAUCACUCUGGUGGCAUACGUAUUAAUCCGAAUCUCUAUCACAAUGGGAAAGUUUGCUUGAGUCUUCUAAACACUUGGCAUGGUGCCAGUAACGAGAAGUGGAUACCUGGUGCUUCAACGAUGCUUCAAGUUUUGGUAUCUAUACAGGGUCUGAUUUUGAAUGCAAAGCCCUAUUUCAACGAACCUAUAGUUGCAAAUUCAAGUGGCUCCGUUGAUGAAGAAAAGCGGUCGCUGCAAUACAACAAGCAUAUACUAAUCCUCUCUCUCAGAACUAUGGCUUACACUAUGAAGCACCCUCCAAAGCAUUUUGAGGAUCUGGUGAUUGAGCAUUUUCGUGACCGUGCCCACGCUAUUUUGAUGGCGUGUAAGGCGUAUCGUAAAGGCGUUAGAGUCGGGUGUGUUGCCGACGACAAGGGUAAGGAUAAGCAGGAGGGGUAUUCAUGGGUAUUCAGGAGUGAUGUGGAACGGUGCAUGAAGAUGCUUGUUGAAGAAUUUAAAAAAAUUGGAGUAAAGGAUAUGGAGGAAUCAAUGUCUUUUACUCAGAAGAUAAGGGCGUUUUUCGGUUUUUAAGAGCGAUGUCGUUCCAUGUAAAGAAUAAACUACAAAUUUGGUCUAUGUGGUUCCUACAAUUUUGAAAUCACAAGAUGGUCAUCGUAGUUUGUAAAAACGUUCUGGAUUUGGUCCAGCUGUUGAAAGAUUUUGUUAAAUGAGGGGUAUUUUCGUUC